UGCCCGGGCGCGGCGCUGCGCCCCAGAACCGAGCACAGCCUGCCCGGAGAGCGGCCUCGGGGCAGGGCCGGCGCCCAGAGCAGGCGCUACAGGGGGCCUGAGUGGGGCAGGCCUGGCCAUGGGAGGGUGGUUGGCUGUGCUCAGCACUGCAGUGCGGAGGUGGCAACAGGUUCCCGUUUGUCCUGUUGCUGGCGCUGCCGGGCGUUGCAGGCGCCAAGCACUGAGCACUGACUUUCGAGAUGGAUGCUCAUCCCACACUCCCCAGCGCUCUCCUGGGUUGGAGGGCUUGCCAGCAGGGGUCUGGGUAAGGUGCAGGGUAGCCACCCUUCAGGCGUUGGGAGAUGGUGGACUGGGGGAACCUAGGCUUUCCCUUCCUUCACCAUGGCAGAGGUUGCCCCUCUCUCUCCAUCCUCCUCCCCAGCCAGCUCCCCUCACCUCCUCCAGGGAGCCCUCUUCAGAGAGCAACCUGGGCACCUCAGAAGCUACUGCCUCCCUGGAUUGGCGAUCCUCUCCCUCUCCAGCCACGCUGCGCCCCCACGACAGGGCAGGUGGGGUACAGUCUCUCCAACUCCCUGCCUGCCACAGCCCUGUGCCACUCUCACUAUCCACAACCAGGCUGGCACAUGGCAGAACCUCCAUGAUGUCUUCAACUCCUGCCCACUCCAAGGUCCCACCGUGCAGACCCACAGCUGGUACCCACCUCUGCCACUGUGGAGCUGGGGUGUGAGAAACAGGAGAAGGUAGCAGUUUCUGCCCCAGGAGCACACUGAUAAGGGGAGUGGGGCACAGAAGGGAGGCCUUCAGGCUGGCCCUGAGACUAGAAGGCUGCCUGGAGGAGGCUGCCUUGGAGGGCAUGAAGAGUGAGUAGAGUCUGGGAAAGUGGCCUGGGGUUGUGUCCACAGGGCAAAAGGGAAGGAGAGGCAUGGCCCAGGUGCCCACAGUCCCUGGUUGCAAGUAUCGGGAUUCAAUCUAAAGUCAGGGAUGUGGUGGGGUGGGGCCUGAGAUGAGCCCACUACCAGGGUCCUAGGAGUCCCAUGCUGGUGGCCCACUAUGGGAGUGGAAAGGAGAAGAGCAAACUGGAGGCCCCUUAGAGGUGACCUAGCUGUCUGUGACCUGCACUCUUCCCUUUACCAUUACCUCACACACUCUCAUCUCACUCUGUGAGUCAUAAGAGGAGUCUUCUCAACAGACAUACGAAUGGACUGUGUUUCAUUUUUCUAAAUGCUAGACUUCUAGGUUGGUUUGCAUUUUUCACUCCCCAGAAAAAUGUUUUGUGAUGCCUAUCCCUAUGUGCAUAGCUUUGCUUUCUUUUGCUUUACUUCUUUAGAGUAGAUUCCCAUAAGUGGCCAAAGGGUUGGAUUUUUUUUCUUAGCUCUUGAUAUUGCCAGAUUAAUUUCCAAAAGGGCCAUACCAAUAUAUAUAUAAUGCUCCAACAAAAGAACAGCAUGCUUUCACAGCAGCCUUGCCAGCACUGAGUGUUCUCAUUUUGAGAACAUUUCACUAGUGUAGUAGGUGGGAUGUGUAACCUUGUUUGUUAUUGUUCCCUUGUUUUUUGAAUUUGCUUUCCUUCCAUGCCUGAGGUUGAACCUUACCUCACAUAUUUUUUACCCCGUUGCAUUCCCUCUUUCAUGCAAUAUGCAGUCUUUUCAGGUUCCUUGCUUAUUUAUCUACCAGGGUCUUAACCUUUUGAUUAAUUUGUAUGAGUUUAACUUAUCUGUCAUACAUUUUCCUUCAACACUGUUAUUUACUUGUACUGGGCUUUAAGUAGAGAAGGGACAUUUAGCCUAUUGGCUUUUUAGAAACCUCCCCCUGACCCUGUUUCAUUGUCCCAGCACUUAUCUCACCUGAUAGUUUGUCCAGCCUCCUUGCUGAUUAUUGAUCUGUCCUGCUAGAUCAACAAGACACUGGGCAAGCAGGGACCCUGUGUGUCCUGCCUGUUCAUUGCCCUGUGCCCACGGAGGCCAAGGAGGGAGGCCACCGGCCUUUGUUGAAUGAAUGGCAUUCUGGCAUGGGGCAGGCAGGGCAGAGUAGAGGGCAGACUGACACAGACAGGCCUGGAGGCAGGGAGACUGUUUUGGAAGAUGUGAUGGUGACCUGACCAGGAGCUGGUGAGUGUGAGCACUUAGACAGUGCAAGGGACAGGGGAGAGUGCGGAUGUGGGGGAUAUUUGAGUAGAAAUUACUUCCCUCCAGAUUGAUCUGUCCUAGGCAUGUUAAGGGAAGGAGGCAAGGGUGACUUGGAGCUCCUGGCUGCCUUUGCCCAGGCCUGUGCAAAUGAAGGGGUGGGGGUGCCCAGGAGCUGCCCUCUGCCUUCCUAGCCCUCCAGCCAGCCUUGGGCAGGGCUCUGGGCUGAAGGCAACAGUAGGUUUCUGGUCCUGCCUCCUUCUCUCUUCCAUGAUUUCAGUGGCAUCCCUUGGUAGCCCAAGGUGGUGGCUAUGAUAAGCCCAUUGUAUAGAUGGGGCCACUGAAGUCCAGGCAGGUGAUAAGAUGGUCCAGGAUCACUGGGUGAAUUUGGUUGGAGGCAGCUUCUGGAGCAGAGGCCCAGGCUCUUGUCCUCACACCUCCCCCUGCCUCCAGGGCCCAAGCUGGAGCCGGCCAGGGGAACUGCAGCUGGCCCCUGCUGGGCCCCUGACCUGCCCUUGGCCUCUGCCCUGACCCUGUCCCACCUGGGUGGAAGCCCCAGCUCAGCCUGCUACUCGCCUGUACCACCUGACUGCUUUCACUAGCACCCAUUGGCUCGCUGCCCCGCUGAGCCCGCCCCGCCGCCCCGCCCCUCUGAGCUGCAACUCCACGUCCGAAGGCAACAGCUUCUAGAGUAGAAGCUGGGUCCCCCUGCCAGGAAGCGGCCGGCGCGCCAUCGGCGCUGGGUUUGGAGCUCGGUUUCCACGUGUGAGCCUGCUCCACCGCUCCGCCCCUCCUGGCGGCCGCACCUGGGGACUCUCUGCCCAAGGACGGCGCCCCGCCGUGGCAGUGGCCAUGGCAGGGACGUCCACGUGCAGUCGCCCGCUGCCGGAUUGCGCUCCAGUGCCCGCGGCCAGACGUGUAGGGAGCCGCGCGCCCAUGGAGGGCCUGGGUCGCUCGUGCUUGUGGCUGCGCCGGGAGCUGUCGCCCCCGCGGCCUCCACUGCUGCUCCUGGACUGCCGCAGCCGCGAGCUGUACGAGUCGGCGCGCAUCGGCGGGGCGCUGAGCGUGGCCCUGCCCGCGCUGCUGCUGCGCCGCCUGCGGAGGGGGAGCCUGUCGGUCCGCGCGCUCCUUCCCGGGCCGCCGCUGCAGCCGCCCCCGCCCGCCCCGGUGCUCCUGUACGACCAGGGCGCGGGCCGGCGCUGGCGCGGGGAGAACGAGGCCGAGGAGUGGGAGGCCGAGUCGGUGCUGGGCACGCUGCUCCAGAAGCUACGGGAGGAAGGCUACCUGGCCUACUACCUCCAGGGUGGCUUCAGCCGAUUCCAGGCCGAGUGUCCUCACUUGUGUGAGACCAGCCUCAAUGGCCGUACUGGCUUGAGCACGGCCCCAAUGCCCAGCCCAGUGCCCGUGGUGGGGCUGGGUGGCCUGUGCCUGGGCUCCGACUGCUCUGAUGGGGAAUCUGAGGCUGACCGAGACUCCAUGAGCUGUGGCCUGGAUUCAGAAGGUGCCACGCCACCUCCAGUGGGGCUGCUGCCAUCCUUCCCUGUCCAGAUCCUGCCCAACCUCUACCUGGGUAGUGCCCAGGAUUCAGCCAACUUGGAGAGCCUGGCCAAGCUGGGCAUCCGCUACAUCCUCAAUGUCACCCCUAAUUUCCCUAACCUCUUUGAGAAGAAUGGCGACUUUCACUACAAGCAGAUCCCCAUCUCUGACCACUGGAGCCAGAACUUGUCCCAGUUCUUUCCAGAGGCCAUUGCAUUCAUUGAUGAGGCCUUGUCCCAGAACUGCGGGGUGCUCGUUCACUGCCUGGCAGGGGUCAGCCGCUCUGUCACCGUCACCGUGGCCUACCUCAUGCAGAAGCUCCACCUCUCACUCAACGACGCCUACGACCUGGUCAAGAGGAAGAAGUCUAACAUCUCCCCCAACUUCAACUUCAUGGGGCAGCUGCUGGACUUCGAGCGCAGCCUGCGGCUCGAAGAGCAGCACUCCCUGGAGCGGGGCGGGGGGCAAGACUCCGCCUGCAACCUGCCCUCCUUCUUCACUACCCCCACCAGUGAUGGCGUCUUUCAGCUGGACCCCACCUAGGGCCCCCAGGCCCGGUGGGUGUUCCCUGCCGGCAGGGGCAGGGGCAGGGCCGGGCGGGGCGGGGGCGCAAUACCUCACUCAGCUGUGUAGGGAGGCGGGGGUGGAGCUAGGACCUGCCCUGCCCACUCAAGACAUCCGCGGGAAUCCCGCGACACGUGCCUAUGGGCCGGCCCUGGGGCCGCCCACCUGAACCACACGACUCUCGACUCUCGGGCAGGGCCACGCUCCAGAACCUGCCUCUUCUGCGACUGUUACUUUUUUCUUUGGGGGGGCAUUCCCUAUCUGAGGGACCAUUCCAGGCGGCUGCCUGUUCCCCAGCCCAGGCCCCAGGUGGUCAGACAGCUAGGCUGGGCCCUGGGCCUCCCUGCGGUUCCCCCUUCAAGAAGGGUGUGCCACCUCAUUUGCCACAGGGACUGGCUCCCAGUCCCUUUCCUGUCCCCAAAUGGCCGCUUGGGGAGUUCGCCAUCAUCACCAGUGCAGUCACCUCCUUGCUUUUUCACCAAGGGCUUGGGCUUUUCAGGGGAUGUGGACCCAGAGGUGCAACAGCCACCCAGCAUCCAUAGCCUGGGAGCACUGGGCAGGUUCUCCACCACACAUCUGGCGCCCUGACUGUUUUUUCCCUCUUCUUUUCCUCUUCCGCCAAAUGUCUUGAUGGGAUCACUGGGGCUCUUUGAGACUGAAGGUGGUCAAACUGCCACCGGAGGAGAUGGGGUCUCAGAGAGAGAGCCAGGGAGUUGGAGGGGAAGAAGAAGGCUCAGUUUUCCUGUUACUGGGCCCACACAGCCCUGUGGGUUUUGAGGGUGGGGAAGGGGCUAGCCUGCAGACAAACCCAGUCAUUCAUUGCAGUCCCACCCACCCCUGUGGGCGACAGGUGUGUGCCUGUGUGUGCAUGUUGAGCUCACACACGCAUGCAAGCCCACUUCUCACCCAGCCCAGGGCUGGCAGUCCUUGUCACACAUUGGACCAUCUAGUCCUUGAACCUGUAGGAGGGCCUGUGCUUGGUUUUGUAAUCCUCAUCAUAGUUGCUUUCUUUCAUUGUUCCUCCUGAAUAAACGGUGUACUUAAGAUACUGAGCAGAGA